CGUGCGUCCGCGCCGUGUUUGGGGGGGACGCAAGAUGGCGGCGGGCGAUGCGGUUGGGAGGUACCGCAGCACCGUGGGCAGGAGCAAGGACCCCUCGGGGCUGCUCAUCUCCGUUAUCAGGACUUUAUCCAGCAGCGAUGACGUGGAGGACCGGGAGAACGAGAAGGGGCGGCUGGAGGAGGCGUACGAGAAAUGCGACCGCGACCUGGACGAGCUGAUCGUGCAGCACUACACGGAGCUGACCACGGCCAUCCGCACCUACCAGAGCAUCACCGAGCGCAUCACCAACUCCCGCAACAAGAUCAAGCAGGUGAAGGAGAACCUGCUGUCCUGCAAGAUGCUGCUGCACUGCAAACGGGACGAGCUGCGCAAGCUGUGGAUCGAGGGCAUCGAGCACAAGCACGUCCUGAACCUCCUGGAUGAGAUUGAGAACAUCAAGCAGGUCCCUCAGAAACUGGAGCAGUGCAUGGCCAGCAAGCGCUACCUCAACGCCACCGACAUGCUGGUGUCAGCAGUGGAUUCCCUGGAGGGUCCCCUCCUGCAGGUGGAGGGGCUGAGCGACCUGAGGCUGGAGCUGCACAGCAAGAAGAUGAACCUGCACCUGGUGCUGAUCGACGAGCUGCACCGGCACCUCUACAUCAAAUCCACCAACCGCGUGGGGCAGCGCGGCAGGGACAGAGCCCGCCUCGGGUCCCUUGUGAAAGAUGCCUCUCCUGUGCCUCUGAUGGAUGUCACUAAUUUAUCUACACCUCGGAAAUUCCUUGAGACUUCCCAGUUCAGUACUCCUGGAAGCUCCAGCAUGCGAGACUCCAGCCUUCUGGAAAUCAAAGAGGACACAGACCUGGAUCCAGAGGAGAACAGCGCUGUCUUCAUGGGAAUCCUCAUCAAGGGGCUGGCCAAGCUGAAGAAAAUCCCAGAAACAGUGAAAGCCAUCCAGGAUCGCUUGGAACAGGAGCUCAAGCAGAUCGUGAAGCGCUCCACCACUCAGGUGGCUGACAGCGGGUACCAGAGAGGGGAGAAUAUUUCCCAGGAAAACCAGCCUAGGUUGCUGCUGGAGCUGCUGGAGCUGCUCUUUGACAAGUUCAACGCCGUGGCCGCCGCGCACUCGGUGGUGCUGGGCCACCUGCAGCAGACCGUGGCCUCCCCCUGCAGCCAGCACGACGGGGAGAUCAAGCUCUACGACAUGGUGGACGUGUGGGUGAAGAUCCAGGAUGUCCUGCAGAUGCUGCUGACCGAGUACCUGGACAUGAAGAACACGCGCACGGCCUCGGAGCCCUCGGCCCAGCUCAGCUACGCCAGCUCCGGCCGCGAAUUUGCCGCCUUCUUCGCCAAGAAGAAACCCCAGAGACCCAAGAACCCUCUCUUUAAGUUUGAAUCCUCAUCCCAUGCCAUCAGCAUGAGUGCCUACCUGAGGGAGCAGAGGAGGGAGCUGUACAGCAGGAGUGGGGAGCUGCAAGGAGGACCAGAUGAUAACUUAAUUGAAGGUGGCGGGUCCAAGUUUGUCUGCAAACCAGGAGCCAGGAACAUCACCAUCAUCUUUCACCCCCUGCUCAGGUGCUGACAUGGCACAUGUGGC